AUGGCAAUGGUAGUGAACAAAGUAGAAGAAAUAAGAAGCAGAGUCAAGCGUCAAAUAUAUGGAGGGUGGAAAGCUGAAGACGCCACGCAUUUACCUCAUCUAGUAUACUUACGUAGGAACGGAUGGACCAAACCGAGCUGGUUACCUUCGCUAAUUCAUCAUGUGCCAUUUAUCGGCGAUUGGUUCGCGACCCCGUUUCAUUGUGGUGGUGUUAUAAUUCAUAAACGUUUUGUGCUCACCGCGUCUCAUUGUAUUAUAGGGGAUGCCGAAUCCGAAGUGAAGAGGCUGGAAGUUGUCGCUGGAACGAGUCAGUUGAAACAUCCCCACGCAGGAGACGUUAAAGCUUACGCCGUCGAAGCUAUCGUUGUACACAACGUGCCUGGCCACGUAUAUAUUGUUGGAGAUAUUGCUCUGAUAAGAAUCAAAAAACACUUCGAGUACGGUCCAGAAGUAGCUCGAGCGAAAUUACCACCACCAAAUUACAAAGUUGCUCCGAACACUUGGGUUACCAUAGGAGGAUGGGGUGUUACCGAGGCUUCUAAUGACCCGCUAGAUUUGCAUUAUUUCCACACACGAGUUGCUCACAUGGAAGUAUGCCAAGCAGCAUGGAAAGCUUUUAUUAAAGCUAAAUACCCCUUAAACUCAGCAGGAAUAAAUUUUGACAAAAUGAUCGAUAAACACACGAUGAUGUGUGUUCAAGGUCGCGAAGGACAAGGUGUUUGUAGCGGCGAUUCCGGCAGCGGAGCGGUGACGAGCGACGGGUAUGUCCUUGGAAUCGUGAGCUUCGGCGCCACACCCUGCGGUAACUCGCACAUCAUACCGGAUGUCAUGAGCUACGUUCCGCACUACGUGCCCUGGAUUAAAGAACAAAUGGUUGCCAUGAUAAAGCAAUCAACGCCGAAUGCGGUUUUACCCUCGGCCUCAAAUCAAUAA